ACGGGGGGUCUAUAAUCUUUUUGUCUUGAUUCUUACAAGAGAAGUGAAGGGAAUCUCCGGGGGUUGAAUAUGGGAGGAGAAGUAGCUGUAGAGGUCGCUAGAUCUCUUACAAUGGGCGCCUCAAACCAGAUUGAGAACACCGACAUGAGUUCUGACAUGCAUGAAAACUCUGCAGUUGGGAUCGCUGUGUUUCUCUGUGCAUUGAUAUCUUUACUGGGUUUUCUGUUAAUCCUGCCAUGGAAUAGCAUCAGGAGGUCACAUGAACGCCGCAUGGCAGAAAGACUGGCAAAUACCGGAUUGAAGAAAGAGUACAUAAAAGCACUGCCCUGUGUUAUCUACAGCAAAGUGAGAUCAGUUCUGGAUGUUGCAGAGUGCCCCAUCUGCUUGGCAGAGUUUGCAGAGGGCGAAAUUUUAAGAGUUUUGCCAAAGUGCAGGCAUAGUUAUCACAAGGAUUGUGUGGAUAGAUGGCUUGUUUCACACUCGUCUUGUCCCUCUUGCAGGCAUUCUCUUGUUCAGAGCACAGAAAGAAUAGAGAAAGAAGAUGGGAAUACAGAUAGCAAUUGUACUGGUUUUGAAAUAGAAUGUAUCGUAAAUUCAUAGCUAUGGAAACUGGAAAUAUGGGCAUAACUUUUUGGCUGUGUUGACGAUGGUGGGCAUAACUUUGGCUGUGUCUGUCAACAGUUUGCAAAGCCAUUAAAACGUGUUUGAGGUGAAAAGGCUCCUUGUCUGCUUGGCCCUGUCACAAAGAGGGCUUUUCACUGUAUAUGUAUGCUAUAAUAUGACUCUGUUAUUUAUAUAAACUUGUAAUUUUUUUUUUAAUUAUAUCGUGCUGCUUGUGUUUUUUUUAACAAUAAAAUACAAAUUUAUUUUCCUUCA